AUGGCGGGCAUUCCAGGAACAAUCCCCGACAGCAACAACAACAACAACUACUAUGGAAGCAAACUCGACAGCCUUGACGCAUUAGAACUUGAGUGUCCAAUUUGUUACCACGAGUACAAUGCCGGCACCAAGUGCCCAAGGGUGCUGGAAUGCUACCACGUGUUCUGCACCGAAUGUCUUCAAAAGAUCCAGCUAUCCAUGCAGAUCCCUGGACAGUCGAGCCCCUUCCUUAUCCCCUGCCCUUUGUGCCGACACCCAACUCAGCUCAGAAUUGGAGGCGCCCUUUCCCUGCCGGUCCACUCCCAGAUUUUCUCCCAGCUCCCACCACUGGCCUUCCAUCUGAAUCCUUCAAGCCGACUGGCCACAGUAACACAGCAUGUGGUGGUUUCUCUGGAUGCCGCUGAUGCCCGCUUCAUCAUUUUGCCCACUGUCAGUCUGAGGGUGGAACAGAGGAGGGCACUGCGUGCAGAGCAGGAAGGUGAUGGUCUGCAAAACCCAGUACCACCACCUGUAGCCCGGACCGUCAUGCUGCAGAAGCGCAGGAGGACACUCUUCUUUGUCAAAUUCAUCUCAGUGAUGUUCUGGAUCAUUCUAAUUGUUGUGUCUGUGCUCAGCAUUGUUCAUGGGCCGAGUCUUUUUAAUGGAUAG